AAUUUUCCACAGUUGCGAAAAUAUUUUUAUUGGGGCAAUUCGUGCCGCAAAAGUAUUAUUUUGAGAAAAUAGUAAUUUCCGGACUAUGCACCCGAAUUUAUCUGCAAAUCUCCACACACCAGAGUGCAAUAAAAUCAUUGAAGCUCUACAGAAGUGCCACAAAGAUAAUCCCUUUGGAAAGUUCAUAGGUCAGUGCAACGAUCUCGAUAGGGAGGUCAACAAGUGCCUCAAGAAGGAGCGUCAGGAUAAUCAGAAGCGAAAUUACGAUCAGGCUCAGGAGAGAAUUAAACGUGUUCAGGAACGAAUGAGAAAUUCCAAAGAUGAAGACUGAAGAAGGUGAUCUGUCUCAAUUUUACUACGUUCCGGAUGACAUUUUUGCUCCGGGAAAUGUAAAAGUAUCCGACAUUGCUGAUGAAUUUGAUCCGGAGAAGAAGUAUCCAUCAGUUGUGGAUAGAUUCUUCACGAGAUACUACUACAUUCGACCAGAUAGGCAGGAUGAGGAUCAUAUGGUUCUCCUGCACAGUAAUCGCAUUUGCCUAAUGUGCCUAGCUCCUGGGCAUGUGGCCUUUGAGAAGGGAAUUACAUCCGUAACGUAUGACAUUGGGAACUACGACAGGAGUAAGAAUGCAGUGUCCGGGAAGAGGAAGAAGGGCGGGAUGCACCUUCAACCAGGAACUGCCCUUGCUCUGGUUACAUGUUCCGAUGGGUCGGAGUACAAAGUGGUCAGUGGUAUCACGGGGAAGCUAAUUGAGGUUAAUCAGCGCAUUGUGGAUGAUCCAUCGAGGAUGGGAAGUGAAGGGGAAGGCUAUGUGGCCAUUGUUCUGUCCAAAAUUGAGAAAAUUGAGGGCAUAAAGACUUCCCUACUCACAGAGGAGCAGUACCGGAAGAUAAAAAAUGUUAAAUAAAGAGUUUUGUAGACAAA